AUGGUCCACCAAUUGAUGCAACUUCCUACCGAAAUUUGGUUUGAAAUUUCAUCAUUUAUUCCAAUUGAUGAUUUGGUAAAUUCACAACUUUUUCUCCUCUCCAAGCCUUUCCUUCGUUAUUUUCUUGAUCAUCACGACUUUGUAGUCGAUGAAGAAUUUGCUGAUCACCAAAUUCUACAACACGACAAUAAUCAUAAUCAUAGAACGAACAAAUAUGAUGGGGAUGGAACAGGAGGUUUAUUCUACAAAAUUCUGUGUCAAUGUUUGGCGAGGGAAUUUAUUGGAAAGACAAUCGAGAGAAUAAUGGCAAGACGAUUCUUUAUGUAUUCGGUGGGUGAUUUUGAUGAAGCGAGGAAUAAUCAUGAUUACGAAUUGUAUAGUAGAAAGGGCAAUAAUAAUAAUGGUACUGCGUAUGCAUAUCCUACGGCUACAGAUAUGGACAUGGAAACCGGUCCAAGAAAGGUACAUUCUUAUUCGAGAGUGAAUGCAGAACCGUGUGGACAGUCAAUGGCCAAGCUCAGAAAGAAACUGAAACGAUUGAUAGAGUUUAGUUUAAACUAUUUUCCACACUUAUAUGAGGAAUUUAAGAUUGAAAUUGAUGGGGCAUUGAAGAAAUCUAUCAAGGCAUGUACUCAUAUCGAUAAGCUUUCAAAUGGACAAGUAAUUAGUGAAAUUAUCAAGGAAAAUUUUUAUUUAUUGAAUAGAAAACCAAACAAACCAAAGAUUUGGGAUUUGGACAGAAGGGAGAAAUCUAUUGAAAUACGGGAGAAGAAACUCAAAGAAAGAAAUAAUGUUCAAUGGAAAAUACUAUGGAAAUACCAAUAUCGUGAAUUUUUGUUGGACGAAUUGAAAUUUUAUAGAGAUAAGCUAGGAUCCCGAUUAUUAAUUCUCAAAGCACCAGAGAGAAUUUAUGGAAAGGGAUCAAAUAUACCUAUUGAUGAUUUAUUAGACAUUAUCGAGAAAAUAUUAGAAAUUAUACCAAGAUUAGGGAGUAAGAUUUUCAAAGAAUACCAAGAAAAGAACUUGUUCAUGUACAAGAAGAAAGCUAUUCGUGGUGAGCCGAAAGCCAACAUUAAUUUAAUUGACAGUAUUAUAAUCACAUUGAGUCAAUGCGUAAAAUAUCGCCAAUAUUGCAUCCCCAGAAGAGAGGAUGUAAUAGGAGAAGAAAAAUUUGAAAGGGUUGUUGCAAUUCUAGAUCGUUGCAUGAAGUUACACGAAGAGUAUUUCACAACACUCAAAUGUAUUUUCUCUGAUACAUCUAUUUAUCAUUAUAUUGUGAAAUUGGAAAGUAAUGAACUUUUAGAACGAUAUCUCACUCCUGUGGCGAUGGAACGAAUCAGAGAAGCAAUUAGUAUGCACAACUCGUUUCUUAUGUAUUGCGUUAUAUGCAUUGAUGAACCAUCAGAUACAAUCAUUAAUUUUCUUCGAACCCUAUAUCUGACAAUUGAUUUUAAGCUUAAUGGCUAUGAAACCAAUAUUGGCACUGAAAUAAUGGAAGGUGGUGGAGUUUAUAGAGAGAGUUUUGAUUCAAGAAAAUGGUAUCAAUUAUUAAUUGAAUUAUUUGGAAAGCAAGAAAUAUUGGAUUCUUUCAAUGUUGAUAGUCUGACUUCCUUUUCAUAUUUACCGGAAACGCAUAAAACAGUUAUUAAGGAAUUAUUUGGAAAAGAGUUUGAAGAAAAAUACGAUAAAGUGAUGGAUGAUCAUAACAAAGUUGCUGCAUAUAUGGGACAAGAUUGGGAUGAUGUAGAGGGGCAAGGAUGGGAUCAACAAUCCAUUUAA